CGGUGUGGCUGCGAACGCAUCCGCAUCAACGUCAGCGGCCACUUUUUUGAAACUCGAGCAUCCAUCCUCGACAAACAUCCAGACACUCUGCUCGGCAACCCGCGCAAGAGGCAGCUCUACUACGACCACACCAGGGAUGAAAUAUUUCUUGACCGACACCGACCAAGUUUCGAGGCCAUCUUCAGUUACUACCAAUACGGUGGAAAGCUGAAGAGACCUCACCACGUGCACGAUGACAUUUUUCUAUCGGAGCUCAUGUUCUACGAGCUGGAGUCGGAUGUUGUCGAGGAGUACAAGCGAGGAGAAGGGUACACCAGCGACGACAUUGAGGUCCCGAAGAAUAAAAUAUUGAAAUACCUCUGGAUGCUGUUUGAGUAUCCUGAAACGAGUAGGGCGGCCUUCGUCGUGGCUCUGGUGUCCGUAAUAAUGACGUUGGUCUCUAUCAUUCUGUUCUGCGUUGAAACGUUGCCGGCCUUCUCCGACACGCACUGCGUCGCUGAUGAAGCGCCAAACUUUCUCGAUCCAUUCUUCAUAAUCGAAACUACGUGCACUCUCUGGUUCACUGCUGAAGUUGUCAUCAGGUUCAUUUCUUCUCCUAACAAAUUUCGUUUCAUAAAAGAUUUCAAGAACAUCGUUGACGUGACAGCCAUCAUCCCCUACUACAUCACAUUUGUCAACGUCAUCUCCACCAUGAGUUGUUCCAGCGCUAAAUCCAGUGCAUCUCUGGCUUUCCUGCGAGUUAUUCGACUCAUUCGAGUUUUCAAAUUGACGAAACAUUCGGUUGGUUUGCAAGUGCUGGUGCUGACAUUCAAGGCGAGCAUCGAGGGGCUGGGUCUCUUCCUCGUGGCCCUCAUCGUCUGC